ACCCUGUGUUUAAUGAUAUUGUGAAUACUCUUGAGACUCUUAACCUCCCUGACCCUAUGCAAGUUGAUGAAUUCUUAGAAAUACCUGAUGAAAAUGUUGUCUAUGAAGUUCUUUCAGAUAAAGAAGUUAUUAGAGAACUUGUUAAAAUAUUCAAAACUAAUAGUCUAACAAUUAUCAAUAUGAAAAAUAUGGAAGAUAAAGAUGAUAGUAUUGAACUCUCAAUACAAGAUAAUAUGGAAGAAUAUAUUAAUAUUCUAAGAAAAAUUGAAAAAUUUAUUAAUAAAACAAAG